AUGGAGAAAAAGGAAACAAAGAGAAGGAUAGUAUUAGUCCCAGUUCCAUCGCAAGGGCAUGUAACUCCAAUGAUGCAACUCGGAGAAGCUCUUAACUCAAAGGGGUUUUCAAUUACUGUUGUUCAAGUACAAUUCAAUCUAGUAAGCUCUCUGCAACAAUUUUCUGGUUUUCAAUUUUUCACCUUACCAAGAAGCUUGUCAAUGAAUGAAGUCGUGGGACACGGUCAAAUUGAAUUUUUGUUAAAGCUCAACAAAACGAGUGAGGCAAGCUUUAAGGUCUGUAUAAGUCAGUUGUUGCUGCAACAUGGCAAUGAUAUUGCUUGUAUCAUCUACGACGAGUUCAUAUAUUUUUGUGGAUCUAUAGCUAAAGAGUUCAAGCUUCCGAGUGUUAUUUUCAGCACUCAGAGUGCUACAAAUCAUGUUUCACGCUGUGUUUUUAGUAAACUUGAUUCAGAGAAAUUUUUGAUCGACAUGGAAGACCAUGAAAUGCAAGAAAAGGUGGUGGGGAAUUUGCAUCCGUUAAAAUACAAAGACCUGCUACCUUCAGGAUUCGGGCCAAUGGAGCCAGUUUUGAAGAUUCGUCGGGAAGUAGUCAACAAAAGAACAGCUUCAGCUGUUAUUUUUAAUACGACGAGUUGUCUAGAGAGCUUGUCUGUGUCAUGGCUGAAACAAGAACUUGGAAUUGAAGUGUACGCAUUAGGCCCUCUUCACGUUACUGCUAGUUUACUGGAAGAGGACAAGGGCUGCAUUGAAUGGUUAAACAAGCAGAAACCGAGGUCAGUCAUAUACAUAAGUGUGGGAACCGUAGCUAAAAUGGAAACCAAGGAAGUUUUGGAGAUGGCUUGGGGGUUAUGUAAUAGCAACCAACCUUUUUUAUGGGUCAUUAGACCAGGCUCUAUCCUUGAAUCAGACGGGAUAGAGAUAUUGCCAAAUGAAGUCAGUAGAGUGAUCUCAGAAAGAGGAUACAUUGUGAAACAUGCACCGCAGAUAGAAGUACUAAGACAUUCUGCGGUGGGAGGCUUCUGGAGCCACUGUGGUUGGAACUCAACACUGGAGAGCAUUGUGGAAGGAGUUCCACUGAUUUGUAGGCCUUUUCAAAGUGAGCAGAAGAUAAAUGCAGCGUACAUAGUAAGUGUUUGGGAAAUAGGGAUUCAGAUUCAAGGUGAAGUGGAAAGAGGAGAGGUGGAGGGAGCUGUGAAGAGAUUGAUCUUGGAUGAAGCAGGUGCAGGGAUGAGGGAGAGAGCACUUGUUUUGAAAGAAAAGCUCAAAGCCUCUCUGAAAAGUGGAGGCUCCUCAUACAAUGCAUUGGAUGGGCUUGUCAGUUAUUUGAACACAAAGUAGAGAUGCUGGACUUCAUGUAUUACUAAAGACCAUUAAUCAUUUUGUCUUGCAAAAUCUAC